GAAAUCUAAUAGACUGAACUCUUUGCCUAAUCUAGCUGCCUGUCAAAAUUUGCGAGUUCUUGAUCUUAGCAGCAACAAGAUAAAAGAUUUGGACGGCACACCCUUUAGAAACAUGGGCCAAUUACACGAUUUACUAUUAGCUCAUAAUGAUAUAAAAUCCAUAACUAAAGAUGAUUUUAUUGGUUUGAACAAGCUACAAGUGCUAAAUAUGGAAGGAAACAAAAUAGAGUAUAUAGACCCAGAAGCAUUUGUGAACUUUCAACAGCUAGAAGAUUUAAAUCUUGGAAAUAACAUGUUUGCGAAAUUGCCUUCGCAGGGAUUACAGAAAUUACUACAUUUGAAAACAUUUAAUAACGCCAAAUUAAAAGAACUGCCAGAUCCCGAACAUUUUCCUCGAAUACAGAGUUUAAUACUUUCUUAUGCCUAUCAUUGCUGUGCAUUUUUGCCAAUUGUUGCUGAAGUAUCGGUUGCGAAAACAAAUCUACAAGAUUCCAUUAUAUUUCCUAUGCCUGACAUGGAACUGGACAUGAAUUUAUGGAACAGCAGCCAAACUGAUUUGUGGCCGCAAUUACAAAAUUUAUCAAACAAGUUUGGAAGUGAAAUAACAGAAUUGUGGGAAAAUUUUGGAUCAGAUUUUACAUAUCCUGUUAAUCUACCUACUUACGUAGAUGAAUAUUUCCAAGAAGAAAAUAUGAAGACUGGUUCAGCAAGUGCCAUUCCUCCAGGAAACAUUCAAUGUCUUCCUGUUCCGGGUCCAUUUCUUCCUUGUGAAGAUUUAUUCGAUUGGUGGUCACUCAGAUGCGGCGUAUGGGUAGUAUUUUUAUUAUCGAUUCUUGGCAACGGAACAGUGGUAUUUGUCCUGAUGUUUUCUAGAUCCAAAAUGGAUGUACCACGAUUUCUAGUAUGUAAUCUUGCUGCAGCAGACUUUUUCAUGGGUAUAUAUUUAGGUCUACUUGCUGUCGUGGAUGCAUCAACUCUAGGAAAAUUCCGUAUGUUUGCGAUACCUUGGCAGAUGUCGUUGGGGUGUCAACUGGCAGGAUUCCUUGCCGUUUUAUCAUCCGAGUUGUCGGUUUAUACAUUGGCCGUUAUAACAUUGGAACGAAAUUACGCUAUCACACAUGCAAUGCAUCUAAAUAAAAGGCUCUCGCUGAAACAUGCCGGUUAUAUUAUGACUGUGGGUUGGAUGUUCGCGCUUGCUAUGGCAUUGCUUCCAUUAUUUGGUGUAUCAGAUUACAGAAAAUUCGCAAUCUGUCUACCAUUUGAAACAACGGAUCGUGCAAGUUUAACAUAUGUUGUGUUUUUGAUGUUUAUCAACGGUUUGGCUUUUCUUAUAUUGAUGGGAUGUUACUUAAAGAUGUACUGCGCUAUUAAAGGAAGUCACGCCUGGAAUUCUAAUGAUUCGCGCAUUGCUAAACGUAUGGCAUUAUUAGUGUUCACAGAUUUUUUGUGUUGGUCACCCAUAGCAUUUUUUUCAUUAACCGCUGUAUUCGGUUUACAGUUGAUUUCUUUGGAAGAAGCAAAAGUUUUUGCUGUCUUUAUACUUCCUUUGAAUUCAUGUUGUAAUCCAUUCCUGUAUGCAAUUUUAACGAAACAAUUUAAGAAAGAUUGUGUUUUGAUCUGCAAAACUAUUGAAGAAUCUCGAGUGACACGUGGUAUAGGUCGUUGUCGACAUAGCUCGAAUUUCAGCAACCGCCAUACGCCAGCCAAUACAAAUAGUCUUGUAGAACGCUCUUCGCGUGACGCUCCACCACUGAAUGCUCACACCUGCGGCUGUGCCGUUAAAUUGCUUUGUGACUCAGCACCGCAGGAACGCAAGCCACAACCUUUAGGAUUGAUAGACAAAGCCCGACGUUAUCUAUGCUCUGCACGUAACUCUGAUACGGGCAGUAAUCGAUAUGCGUAUCAGAUUGCCGAAAUUCAACAAAAACAGCAUAAAAGAACAGGUUCUUUAUCUAGCGAUAAUUUCAGUUCAUCGCGUUCAAACUCUUGGCGUCGUUCUAGAUUGAAAAUAUAUGGAGGAGCUUUAGUUUGUGAAGACAGCCAUUUAGAAGGAAAAAUUACUAUUGGAGUUGGUUGUGUAUUACACCCCAAAGCGUGCAUUAUAGCAUCAGCGGGACCAGUGGUUCUUGGUGAUAAUUGUAUUGUAGAAGAAUAUGCUUCCAUAAUCUAUAAAUCAACUGAUGGUAAACCAGCACCACCUUUAAUAAUUGGAUCAAAUAAUGUUUUUGAAGUGGGCUGUACUGUUUAUUCACAUGAAAUUGGUGAAAAUAACAUAUUUGAGAUUAAAUGUGUUGUUGGAUCAGGGAUAAGGAUUAAAAACAAAUGUGUUAUAGGUCCAGGCUGUGUAUUAGAUGGUAAAAGAACUCUCGAAGAUAACACAGUGAUUUAUGGAAAUUGCAAUCAAAGAGAAGCGAUUUAUAAACAACCGUCACAGAAUCUUCAACUGGAUUUCCUUCGAAAGGUUUUGCCAAAUUAUCAUCAUCUGAAAAAAGCUAAUGUAGAUGUUAAGAGGAAAUGAUUAUUAAUUAGGAUUUAAUGU